GGUUUAUGUUGGUGGAUAAACUGUAAAACAGACUUUCUUUCCAUCUUCCCUAACGUAAAUCCUUAUAGAGCUAGAUUGAACAGGUCAUUGACCAGGUCAUUCAGCUACCAAUUAUAUCAUGUUGUAGGGCAAAAGAAGAAGAAAAGGAGAGGAAGGACUCAUAUUUCCAUAUUCUAUUAUCCUGUUAUUAUAUAUAUAUAUAUAGGUAACUAGCUACAUAAUCCUCGCUAUAUUCUUGAUUUUCUAUACGGCUUAUAUACUCUCAGGUCAGCCAGUGUGUUGAUACAUUAAUUAAGCAGCAUGGAAGGAGAAAGAAGGAAGAGAAAAUUAGAGAAUGAAGAAGAAAACGAGGAGCAGAAGAUGGAAAAGUUCCUUGCUUUGAUAAAGAGCACAAAAGAUGUACGCGAUCUCCUCUCUAAGGAAAAAAAGGAAAAGGGUAUUUGGAAUCCAACGUUUCAACCAGAAGAUUUCAUUGAUUAUAGAGAAUUCGGAAAGCGUAAUAUUUCAGCUCCUCAUGCAGCAGGUCCUUCGGAGAAAGAGAAAGAGGUGAAAGAAUAUUUGCCAGAAGCACCCAUAGCAGCGGCGGCGCCGGCAACCGAAAAUGAAGAGAAAGAGAAAGCAAGUGAUCAUUUAGACUUAAAUCUUUCUUUAUAAUAUACCAUAUAUAUGAUGGAUUGGCUAUGAUUUGCUUACCUUGAUGUGUCUUAAUUAGUAAUUCAGUUUUCAUUGCUAUUACAUGAUUGAUCAUAUAGCUGUUGUACAUCGGAAAAGAACCAUCAAGCUUUGUAAAUUACUGUCUCGGAUUUUUCAUGUGCUGUUUUA